GGACCGGUCCCCAGCUGAAGCCGAGCGGAACAUCCCCCUCGAGUGCCGCACCAGGUACUGUUCACCUCAGUUUACUGCUCAGUGUAAUAUGGGACCAUAGAACAACAUGUUCCGACAGUUGGAACGAGUUCACUGAUUCGUAUCUGACGUGUCAUAUUCCAUGAGCCAAAACCUGGAUUGUGUAGCUAUCUCAUCGAUUGUGUCGAUCAUCGGUCAUCACAACCCUCCUCCUCCUCCUCAGCUGUACUCCUGAUAACAGCAUCUGUCUGAUGAGCGAGUGGAAAGGAAAUGAGACACGAGAGAAAUGUUAUAUUGAGUGGAGACCACACGCUCACAUACUUCAAACAAUCAUCAUCCAGAAUAAUUUAAGAGAUGUUUCUGUGUAUUGAUGUCAUGUUGAAGUACGAUUUUAUCUUUUUACACUGACCCCUUUCAUUGAGCUACAGAGGUGGUAAAUGUAGAGAGGUCUGUAUAUCUAUAUAUAAAUACAGAGGUAUUUAUAUAUAGAUAUACAGACCUCUCUACAGUACCGAGAAAGAAAUACGCCUAUAAGUCAGACACACAUGUCAGACUGACCAUGUGAUUGUGGUCCACAUGUGAAGCUGAUGAUGUAACAGACCCCCCACCCCCCUUCUCGACCUAUCACAACAGCAUACAACAUAUCCUAUGUUGUGUUGAGUCCACUUUUCAGAAGACUUGUACGACAAGAAGUCCUCUAUUCCUUCCACAAUGGGAAAUUUACAAACUUACAAUCCCUAAAUAAAAACAAAUCCAUCAAAGACAUGAGGUAAAUACCAUACAUAUAUAUUUAUAUGCCUCCUCACUUGCAGGAGCUGUGGCUUGGAGGCGUUGUGGUUCAGUAUUGGCCAUCUGUCUGUCCCCGUUUUUUUAAUAAAAUAUCUCAGGAACGCCUUGAAGGAAUUUCUUCAAGUUGUUACAGAUGUUCAAUUGGAUUUGAACACGAACCGAUUAGAUUUCUCACAAAACGCGUUGUCCGCCUUCACUAAAGAAAUCCUACAUAACUACACACGUUGAAGAGGAAAAAAAUAACCACGUGCUGACAUCUUUUAUUAAAAACAUGUUUUGCAAAUACUCUUAGGCGGUGUACUAGUGGCAGAAAAACGUGGACUAUGGGCAGAAAAUUGGGAAGACAUCAGACUGGAAGGUCUCUGGUUCGACUCCACGGAGUAACAACAACAAAAAAAGUGUUGUCCUGGAUGGACAACAAUUGGAUCUGUCCAAAAAUCCAAAAGGAUUCUCCCUACCCCACUGCCCCUGAGCAAGGCACCUUACUCCCCCAACAUCUGCUCCCCGGUCGCGUACGUGGCUGCCCACCGAUCUGUGUGUCCUGCACCAGAUGGGUUGUAAGCAGAGGACAAAUUUCCCUCAAUUGCAUGAGUGUGUCUGUGCAUGUGUUUGGGAUAAAUAAAUGUAUCUUGUAUCUUGUGAAAUUCCGACAAAGUCCUCACUUAAAUUGAAUAAACCCCUCAAACUUAAAUUAAAAGUGACCUGUGAAUUUGACCGGUAAACAAUAUUUAUGUUUGGAUUCAGUGUUACUCACCUAAACAAACUUUGUACACGAGGUCAAACAAACAUGCAAAAUUUUAUAUAAUUAUAAUUAAUUGAUAAUAUACUUUUUACCUAGCCCUAUGCACAACCUGUGGAUACCUUGAACAGCGGAAACUGUAAAAUUUAGGUUAAAUGUAUCCCAUUGUCACAUUCAAAUAGAAGUGCCCUACCUAUGUGCACACCUUGUCACUUGAUCCAAAUAAUGAACGUCCUAAUUCCGAUCUGUUAAGAAGUCAAACCAUAAUUAUAGAUACAUUAUGGUGCUGUAUACAUCUGGGUUACCCUUUUCUGUGACACAUUCAGCAAAAAUAUGUUAUCAAAACCCAACCCUAUGAAUAUAUUUUAUUGGCUGUAUUGACAGACAGUAAACGUGUAUGUGAUAAACAGAAUUUGUUUAAUCUUGUAAUCUUAAGCGCAACUGUAGGAAAACCUUACUUUAAACAAAUAUCUGUUAUGAAAAACUCUAGCUUGUCUAUCACAAGCCAUCCAGGAACCAGCGGGUCUUUAAGCAGUUCUAACCAGGUUAUCUAUUUGAGGUAUUGUCACAAGGAAACAGGUCGGAUCUCAGCCUGAAGUCAGGUCACCCCCACCCAAACACCAGCACAUACAAAAUCGUGGGCAUUCCCUCAUGGCCUGGGUCAACUGGAAAUGGUGCCUUAAAUUAGCCGCUGCAAUCGUUCCUCUGUUUCAGUCCUCUGGAGGCUAAAACUCUUAGUCUAACUCCAUGCCGAUCUUUACCUCCACCUAUAAUGGGAUCUGUCAGGCUCAGUUACAUAACCAUCCAGUAAAGAGGUCACGGGUCACAUACCAUGAUUACAGCAAUGAGUAAGGCCUAUUUUACCUUCUCUUUGUUUUUAUGUCUUGGGUUAAAGGUUCGGUAUGGAGGACUCAGUGGCAUCUAGUGGUGAGGUUGCAAAUUUAUAUGAUCUGAAUUCCCCUCCCCUCAGUAUGUAGGAAAACUUAUGAUGGUCUUCAGGUAACAUAAAAAAGAUGAAUGACUUUCUCUAGACCCAGAUUUGGUUUGUAGUCAAGUGUAUCCUAAACUGGAUCUGAUGACCAUGAUCUUAGAUGUGUACUGGUAUAAAAUCAAUAUUUGUAAGUAAAAAUAGCAUUUUACUGACAUUAUAGUGAUGAUGGUGAUUAUAAGUCAAAUAGUGGUUGUGCCUUUGUUUCAGUGGAAUUCAGCCGUUUCAGCUCAGUGUCUGAUUAACAGGACAUUUGCUCAGGACAGUUGGUCAUUCACUUCUCGCCCUAACCUUUAAUCUAAUAUGUCACUGUUGUAAUGAAGUUAAUUGUCAUGUGGUUUCCACAGCUUAGGAUAAUAUGACCUAGAAUUGGAUCUGUGUGUAACCAGCAGCACAUUCUGGCUUAUAACUCAACAGUAGCUUGGUCUCUGGCUCUUUUCUUUGGCUAUUAAUAAAAAUAGUUUAAGUGAAGACUGGGAAAAGGUGCUGCUCAGCGUGACACUACCCUGGUUCGUAGGUUUUUAGCUUUCAGUAUAUUUUUUACUGGGCUUGUCUGUUUUGUUGUUUUAAUCUAAAGUAUAUGCUAAUGGUGAGUUGUUACUUUAACAUGGUGUAUGUGACGAUUGGCUUUUUAGAGUCUGUUUGUACUUCUUGAGUACUUGUUGGUGAGCAGCUUUGGCUCCAGAGGUACAGCGGGUCAUUCACUGAGAGGAAGGUCGAUGGUUCGUUCAAUCCACAUGGCCAUGUGUUCUUAUGCUGCAAGAAACAGCUGGAAUUUUACCCUUAAAUGUGUCUCUUUCCAUUUGUGUGUCAACAAAGAAUUAGAAACAAGGAGAAAGUUAGAUCAAAUAAAAAAUUAAAGCUCAUAAUAUUAGAUAGUAAGAGAUAAAAAAAAUGAGGUGGUGUGUCAGUACUUUCUUGGAACAUAUAUGGUGUAAAUUAAUUCACAAAUAUAAUGUGUGUGACUUCUUAGCUUGUCUGACAGUGCCAUUCCAGUUUACUGAGUAUUCUCUGACUAUACCGCACAGUGUGUGUGCAUGAGAAAGAGAGAGAUGGGUUUUUUCUAUGCCUAGAAUAUUUAUAGACAAGUCAGAAGUCAAACGCUUUGGAAAAGUAAUGGGGUUAGAUUUCGUUGUAUGUAAUAAAAUGAAUUACAAAAUGUAACAGUAAUCUUCCACAUUGCGUCAGUACAUGGUAACAUUGUGCUACUUCACUUUCACCAUUAGUUAACAGCCUACCAGCUGUCUUUAUGCUGCCUGGUCCAAAAUAAUAUCUAGUCGGUGUGAGACAUCCUGAGCUUCAACAUUGUGUGUGUGCGUGCGUGCGUGCGUGCGUGCGUGCGCAUUCAUUUUGAAUGGGCCAGUCAUUGACGGACUCACUCCUUCUGCUGCAUCCGCAUUUGCUGGGAGUCAAACUGUCUCUCUGUACCCACGUCCAGAUAACGGCCUGCUCCCACUCAGCUCAGCAGGAAGAGAGGGGGAUGACUGAGGCAGGAGAGAAGUAUGUUGUAUAUAUAACCGCAGACAGGCUGAAAAACUAGUGUUUGUGCUUCCGGUUUCCGUUUUGUAUCAUUUAGUCCAAUGGGGGCCAGCAGCAGCAGCAGCAGGUUGUUUAGUACUAUGACCCAGUCACUGAACAGCUCAUCCUUGGCCCAACCAGAGCUGUACCCAGAGGAGAGCCCAGACCAGGACCUGGCCGAGGUAGACCCAGACCAGCUGCUCAGAGAGUGUGAGGAUGCCCUGCAGAGGCGGCCAGCCCGGCCACAGCGGGAUCUAGUCCAUCCCAGCGGCACAGGGCCCUACCACCUCAAGCACAACCCUUCCAUACGAGUCAUGCAGUGGAACAUACUGGCACAAGCUCUUGGUGAGGGGAAGGACGGCUUCAUCCGCUGUCCACUGGAUGCUCUCAACUGGCAGGAAAGGAAGUACUUGAUCCUGGAAGAGAUUCUCACCUACAGACCAGACAUCCUCUGUCUACAGGAAGUGGACCACUACUUUGACACUUUCCAACCAAUCAUGACCAGCCUGGGUUACCACGGAAGCUUCCUGCCAAAACCCUGGUCUCCCUGCCUGGAUGUAGAGAAGAAUAACGGUCCUGAUGGAUGCGCUAUAUUUUAUCGCCAUUCACGCUUCUCCCUCCAGUCUGCAGCUCACCUGCGGCUGUCAGCCAUGAUGCUGCCCACCAACCAGGUAGCCAUUGUUCAGACCCUGAUUUGCAGGGUAACGGGUCGGCAGCUGUGUGUGGCUGUAACUCAUCUGAAAGCUCGCAGUGGAUGGGAGAGGCUGCGGAGUGCGCAGGGUGCUGACCUGCUGCAGAGCCUACGCAGCAUAACAUCCCGGGCUGGCAGUCAGAGCGAGUCAGCAUCCACCAUCAUCCCUUUAAUAGUGUGUGGGGACUUUAAUGCAGAGCCCUCAGAGGAUGUUUACAGACGCUUCAGCUCUUCCUCCCUCGGCCUGAACUCUGCGUACAAGCUGCUGAGCUCUGACGGGCAGACGGAGCCAGCCUAUACCACAUGGAAAAUCCGCCCCUCUGGAGAGAGCUGCAAUACGCUUGACUACAUCUGGUAUACCCAUAAUGCUUUGAGUGUGAACUGCCUGUUGGACAUUCCCACUGAAGAGCAGAUCGGCCCUGACCGCCUCCCCUCCUACCACUAUCCUUCUGACCAUUUAUCCCUGCUCUGUGACGUCAUUUUCAGGGAGGAAGCACAUAGGCUUACAUCAUAGCAGCUCUGGACCAAUAGGAGAAGCGAGUGAGAGAAUGCUGAUCCAGAAUGUAUAAUGAGCGCUUAAAUAACAUGAUCAGUUUCUCAAGAGCUAACGGGUUUGGCGACUGGAAAACAACUGCAGUUUUUUGUUUCCAACACAUAAGAAUCUUAACUUAAUUUUUAUUUAAUUAUUAUUUAUACUUUCAUUUGGUUUUACCAUAAGCAACAGAUUUGAGUACAUUGUCUUUAAAUGAUUUACUUUGCACUUAAGUAUUGUGAGGUGGUUCUUCAGUUUUACAAUGGUAAUCAUGACAGUGUUGUUGCUGUGACAACAUCAUGACGACAUGAGCUGACAUGAAGUGCUACAUUUUAAAAUAUAAAUAAAGAAAUGUAUUUUACUGUG